CCUCACCAUUGUUCAUCCCAAGCUUCAUUGCUCUCCUUUGAUCCUUCCUCUUCUCAACCCAUCAACAUUUCUCUUCUCUCUCUCUCUCUCUCUCUCUCUCUGCAUAAUCCAUAUCAUACUACUUGGAAGGAAAAAAGAAGCAAAACCAAACAAAAAGCUUGUCUUCAUCAAAUUCCCAUUUCUCUCUUUUGCAUCAGUGAAUGCAAACUUGCCUUCCCUCACUACAGAAAUGGAGAUUGGAUCAUCAAGCCAUGAGAAGGUCGAGCUUUUCGGCCGUGGGUGGUGGUGGCUCAAGGCCUUGGCUAUGCAGCCUGCUGAGAAGCUCAAGGCUAUGAUAGUUGGGGUGGUGCAGAAGAUAAUAGAGGUAGGAAAAGAUGACCCAAGAAGGGUCAUCCACUCUCUCAAGGUGGGCAUUGCCCUUACCUUGGUUUCACUCAUCUACUACUUUAGGCCCCUCUAUGAUGGAUUUGGAGCUGCAGGCAUGUGGGCAGUCUUAACUGUGGUGGUUGUCUUUGAAUUCACUGUUGGUGCAACCUUGGGUAAAGGUCUAAACAGAGUAUUUGCAACAUUACUAGCUGGUGCCCUUGGUGUAGGAGCCCAUCAAUUAGCAAGUCUUUGUGGACACAAAGGAGAACCCAUAAUACUUGGCCUCUCUACCUUCUUACUAGCGGCAGCAUCGACAUUUUCGCGAUUUUUUCCAAGAAUCAAGCAAAGAUAUGACUAUGGGGUGGUGAUAUUCAUAUUAACAUUCAGCUUGGUAUCGGUAUCAGGUUAUCGAGUAGAUAAGAUCAUAGAAUUGGCUCAUCAGAGGCUAUCAACAAUCAUCAUUGGAGGUCUUACCUGUGUGACUGUGUCCAUUUUCAUCUGCCCAGUGUGGGCUGGUGAAGAUCUUCACCACAUGGUUGCACAGAACAUGGAAAAGAUUGCCUGUUUCCUAGAAGGAUUUGGGGAAGAGUAUUUUAGCAGAAGCCCUGAAGAUGGAGACAACCCUGUGAUUCCUAAGAACCAAAAGCCAUUCCUUGAGGCAUAUAAAAGUGUUCUUAAUUCAAAAGCCACUGAAGAAUCCUUGGUUAAUUUUGCAAGGUGGGAACCAGGUCAUGGCCGUUUUAGGUUCCGUCAUCCAUGGAAACAUUAUCUGCUAAUUGGAACUUUAAAUCGACAAUGCGCUUACCUUGUUGAAGCUCUUAAUGGUUGCAUCAACUCCAAGAUCCAAGCACCAUCUGAAUUCCAAAAUAAAAUUCAAAAGGCAUGUACAGAUAUGAGCUUGGAAUGUGGGAAAGCUUUGAAGGAAUUAGCCUUAGCAAUGACAGAGAUGAGGCAACCUUACUUAGCUGAUCCCUUGGUUGAAAGUGCAAAUAAUGCAGCCAGUGAUCUCAAGGCCACACUCAAAACUGCAUUCUUAGAGAAUUCUGAUCUCUUAGCAAUAAUGCCAGGGGCCACAGUUGCUUCACUACUGGUUGAGAUAGUCCAUUGCACAGAGAAGAUUACAGAGUCAGUCCAUGAACUUGCCAACCUAGCUCAUUUCAAGAAAUUAGACCCGACAAAUACACCCGAGAAACCGCAUUUACUUCACCGGGGAACCAUAAAACCGGUUUCGGGUGAUGAGAGCCCUCAUGUUGUGAUCAUAAUACCCGACCCGCCUGCAACUAUGACUGAUAUUGCUAAUCCUACUGAUCAUGAAUGUGUAAAUAAAAUUACUAACAUACAAACAACACAAGAAACUCAAAAUUGUAUUAUUAUUAAAAGUUAGUCAUUUGAGCUUUAGCUUUAAAAUAAUGUGAAAUUUGUAAAGGAAAGUGGCUGUAUUCUUUAUAUCUCUGUAUUCUUUCUUUUUCAGUUAAUGAAGCAACUCUCCUUUUUUUUUU